AUGUCGGCAACCUCUUCCACAGCAUCCAACGACGAUGAAGAUACGAACCCAGCACCAGAGCGUCCUUCAAUGCGCAAAGAAAUCAAGGACCGGCUCGUUGAGCUUACGAAACAGCAAGCACCAUGCCACUGCCUUCUCGGCCGGCUCUCUUCCGAAUUCCCUAAUAUGACCGCGGAAGAGCGUCAGCUCGUCCUUGACGCGACAUCAGCUAGCCACACAGCGGCAGCUCAGCGCAUGGAGGAGAUCUUGAACGAAACGCCCGAGACGCCCGAAGUUGCGAAGGCCGCUUACAUUCUGGAGAUCACGCCCACGAGUAAAGUACCGAUCGCACUUCCUUCAGGUGUCCUGUUGGGGUACUAUCCCCAGAAGCGACUUAGAUCGGUGGAUCCGACUGCUGUCCUAAACAGCGUGCGUGGCAUCGAGAUUCCUGGCCUAGAGUGGCGUGGUUCGUCAUGGGUGAAACAUCGCGCGUAUGUAUAUGUCUUGCGGAUAGGCUUGGUCAUCGAGGAUGGGAAGCUCGAGCUCGAGGGACUGCAGUCGGUGAUCGAGAAGCUGGAGCAAGUCCGGACUACUCAAGUGAUAGACAACAGAGGGCACGAUGCCCUUUUGCGCCUACGAUGA